ACUUGUGGAGAGUUGCCUGAUGAAAAGUGGUCCGGAAGACCGAAUGCACAUGGCGGCGAAUUUUAGUACACGAAAUGUCACUGUGCGGAGAAUAUCUGCCAAUAUGGCAACAGAUGAGAGGAAUUUUCGGUCAGUUUACUAUGAGAAAGUGGGAUGUCGCGGUGUUGGCGAGACGAAUAAGUUGGAGAAUUUGUUGAAGGAAAAGUUGGUGGAUCAGGGAAAGUUGAAGCAGUUCUGCAUUAGAUUUGCUGUUCCCGUGAGACACAGGAGUCUUCUCUGGUGUUCACUGUUGAACAUUCGUCCGAUGUACACAAACAGUCUACAGUAUGUUAUGACCCAAAGGAAAGCUGUUUACAAUGAUCUCCUGCAUGCCUUAAAGAUGAUGAGACUUGUGGAUGAAGCCAAGAUGCCGAAAUCCCGUAUUUUAUACGCCAUGUGGCUGCUGGAGACCAAGAGACUCCACUUGGGAUUCAACAUCUCCACGACUGAACACAAUUUUAUUGGCAUUUCCGAGACUCUGCUUCAGUUAUUCGACGACGAAGUGGAGAUUUAUUGGAUGGCGAAGAAAUUCUACGAGAUUACAGAGGAUAUUGAGAAGGACCUGCCAAAAUUGAUCACCUUGACUACUUCUCUCUUCGAGAAGAACAACCAAGAGCUCUUUAGAUACCUGGAAACCCACAAUUUGCUGCAGAAACUGCCUCUGAAUCGGUGGUAUGUCACCUGUUUCUCAGGAGUUCUCAAUGAAACAGCCCUGGCCAAGGUGUGGGACAAGAUAAUCGGCGGAUCAUUCCAAAUUCUCGCCUUUGUCCUCUACAAAAUGCUGAGUAAGCUUGAGAGGAGCAUCUACAAGUGUAAAGAUAUCGACUCUCUCCUUGAAUGCAUCGAGAAACUGAACGCGAAGAAUGACCAGGAAAUGUCUGAUGUUAUCGUCUCCAAGUCCAUUGAAAUGUGGCAAUCAUCUGAAUUCUUCUACAAAUCCUCCUAAAGAGAAAAUAAAGUCGGAAACAA